AUGAUAAAAGACUUGAAAGCAAAUCUUACGGUGGGGUACUUUAUUACAAGUGAAGGUCGAGAUGAACACAUGAAAUCGAGUGAUACUUACUACACUUCAAAUUUGAUUUGGGCAAUUCCUCCUGGAGAAGAAUAUUCGUCGAUAGAAAAGCUUUUAAUGCCUUUUGAAUCAACGGUAUGGAUCUGUUUUCUAAUAGUUCUUAUCGUAGCUUUUAUAGUUAUCAAGGUUUUGGAAUGUUGCCAUCAAAACAUUAAAAAUUUCGUGUUUGGAAGAAAUAUUAAAAAUGUGACAUUAAAUGUCGUCAAUAUAACUUUAGGAGGAUCGUUGCACAAAGUGCCAGUGAGAAAUUUUGCACGCACGCUUUUCAUUCUGUUCACGUUUUAUUGCUUCAUCAUUCAAAAUGUUUAUAGAGGCGGAUUAUUCCAAUUUAUGCGAAUGACAUUGAGAAAACCUUUGAUUUCUUCAACAGAAGAGCUUGUUAAUAAGGAUUUUCUGUUCUACAUGUAUCCAACGGCAUAUAAUGUAUUAAAACUUGACAUCCUUAAAGGACGGACCAGAAUCACUGAUCCUAAGGGUUUAGAUCGAUUACUUGAUAAAUCAACAGAUCCUAGUUUCAAGGGAGCUAUGUUGACUUCUGAAGCUCAUUUGGCAAAUAAAAAUAUUGAAGCUUCUCCUGAUAAUAAAUACUUCUACAGCACGAAAGAUCCAAUUAUGACACAAAAUAUCGCAAUUUAUAUGCACAAGGAAUCAUGUUUCUCGGAUCAAAUAAAUCUGAUACUGAAAGGCAUAAUUAAUGGCGGAUUGUUCAACAAAUGGGUGAAGCAAUAUACAGACACGGAUGCUUUGAUGCACAAAGCUUCUUCUCCCGAAGGACAUCGUCCGAUAAAUGUUGAUCAACUUUUAGGGGCUUUUCAGUUGCUUGGCGCUUUGUUGUUCAUAAGUUCAGCUGUUUUCUUGAUUGAAAUAAUAUUAAGGAAAAUGAAGAAAAAUUAG